AUGGCAGAGGAUGAUCCUUUGAAUGCGGAGGCUAGUGGGACGAAAGGAAGUGGUGAUGGUCAGGGCCGGAUUAUCCAGCGCUUUCCAGAAAAAGAAUGGGAGGACAAUCCCUUUCCACAGGGGAUUCAAUUGUUCUGUCAACCGAGUGGAUGGCAUUUGGUUCUUGAAAGGAAGUCUCCAAACUUCUUUGUGGCAGUUUUAACUGAUAUCAACUCAGAGAGGCAUUAUUGUGCAUGCUUCACCUUUUGGGAAGCAGUUGAGAGUUCUCAGCCCCAGAAGAACCAUACUAAUGGCAUUGAUGAUGACUCUAAAUUUGCUCAGGCCCCGCAGUUAUUUGCUCCGAAGAGUCUGGUUCUGGUGUCUCAGUUGGAUCACACCGAGGUGUUCAGGAAUUGUCUGGGAUUAAUCUACACGAUUUAUAUUGAUAGCCUCAAUUUUCCAUUGGAGACAGUGAUUGGAAAUCUGCUAACUUGCAUCGUCCCAAUCACAGGAGGAUCUCAGAGAACCAUUUCACUGGGAGCGGGAGAUCGUCAGGUGAUACAGACCCCUAUUAGUGAUGCUCUGCCCGUCAGUGGCUGCAGUGUUGCACUGUUACUCAAGCAGCUUGGCAUUAACAAUGUACUGGAGCUUUUCUGUGCUGCCCUAACCGAACACAAGAUUUUGUUCCUGUCAUCCAGUUACCAGAGACUGACAGAGGCCUGUCGAGCUCUUCUUGCUCUCAUGUUCCCUCUAAAAUAUAGUUUUACAUAUAUCCCAAUUUUACCGGCUCAACUUCUUGAAGUGCUGAGCAGUCCCACGCCUUUCAUCAUUGGAAUCCAUUCCUCCUUCCGAGCAGAUAUGCAGGACCUGUUGGAUGUGAUUGUGGCUGAUCUGGAUGGCGGCACAGUUGUGAUUCCAGAGUGCAUCCACAUUUCGGUCCUGCCAGAACCUUACCUCCUCCAAACUCAAACAACACUUUCCAUGGUUUUAGACCCAGAGUUGGAAUAUGCAGAUUAUGCUUUUCCACCUCCCUCUACAUUAGCCUCUUCAAUGAAAUACCAGGAUAAGGAGAUCCGUGCUGUCUUUCUGCGCUUGUUUGCACAGCUGUUUCAGGGUUAUCGGUGGUGUCUGCAAAUUAUCCGCAUCCAUCCGGAGCCAGUCAUUCGUUUUCACAAGGUGGCCUUCUUGGCCCAGCGAGGGUUACUAGAUGAUGACUUUCUGACCAAAGUUCUUGAAGGAAUGGCCUUUGCACGUUUUGUAUCAGAAAGAGGCUCACCAUAUCGACCAUGUGACUUGUUUGAUGAGUUAGUAGCAAAUGAAAUUGAGAGAAUACGAUUGGAGGAGGGAAGCCCACAGAAAGUUCUGAAACAUGUGAAAGAAAUUUCAGAACAGCUUCAUCGGAACGAGAACCCUUAUCCUGCAGUUGCUAUGCACAAAAUACAUAAACCAAAGGAGGGCUCCCAUUUACGGGUGCAACAGUGUGCCUUCCCUCACCUGGAUGAGGGAACUGUGCAGUGGAUCAUUGACCAGGCCACUGCCAAACUGAAGAACGCCCCACCUGCAGUUAAAGCUGAGAUGAAAUGCAUGGUGCCAAUGGGACCUCCAAGUGCUACGACGAUUGAUCAAAAUGGUAUCAUUCUUGCCAACAGUGCUCGAAGGUUAGAGGUUGUCAGGAAUUGCAUAACCUACAUAUUUGAAAACAAAAUGUUAGAAGCCAAAAAGUUGCUUCCUGCUGUGUUAAGAGCCCUGAAAGGACGUGCUGCUCGCCAGUGCCUCACUGAGGAGCUGAAUUCACAUGUUCUGCAAAAUCGAGCUGUCCUUGAUCAUCAACAGUUCGAUUAUGUUGUCCGGAUGAUGAACUGUGCUCUGCAGGAUUGUACACCAAUGGAUGAGCACAUAGUUGCUGCAGCUCUACUUCCACUAGUUACCGCCUUCUGCAGAAAGUUGGGAUCUGGUGUCACACAGUUCGCAUACAGCUGUGUACAAGAACACUUGGUAUGGACCAAUCUCCAAUUCUGGGAGGCCAUGUUUUACAGCGAUGUACAGAACCAUAUUCGAGCAUUAUACUUGGAAGUUGAUGGUGACCAUCCUUUGGAAUCAGGUUAUGACCAUGUCAAAAAGCAGCAGAGCUCAGCAUUGGAAGUAGCAGCAGAACAAUUACGCAUGUGGCCAACUCGAAGCAAAGAGAAGCAGCAAGAACUGAUUGAUAAAGAGGAGAGCAUAGUGUACAGUCAGGCCAUUCAUUAUGGAAAUCGCCUCACUUACCUGCUCUUGCCACUUGAUACAAGCAAGAAUCGUUUGCUCCGCAGUACAGCUGUUGGAGACUUGGAGAGUGUGAGCAACAGCUUUGUAACAAACAGUAUUGCAGGCAGUGUGGCUGAAAGCUAUGAUACUGAAAGUGGAUUUGAGGAUGCAGACACAUCUGAUGUGGCCAAUUCAGUGGUUCGAUUCAUCAACAGAUUUGUGGAUAAAGUUUGUACGGAGAGCGGUGUCAGUAAUGAUCACUUGAAAGCACUUCACGCCAAUUUACCAGACAUUGUGCAGAUGCACAUUGAGACAUUGGAUGCUGUUCAUCGAGAAAGCAAGCGCCUGCCCCCUAUUCAGAAGCCUAAACUUCUGCGCCCCACACUGCUGAUUGGAGAGGAACUGGUAAUGGAAGGACUGCGAGUAUGCUUGAUGCCAGAUGGACGAGAGGAAUCAAUAAGUGGUUCUCUGGGAGGUCCUCCCAUCCUUCCAGCAGAAGGUGCCAUUUUCCUGACCACCUACCGCAUCAUCUUCAAAGGCGUCCCCCAGGAAACGCUAGCUGGAGAACAAACUGUGAUUCGUUCGUUCCCUGUUGCGUCUUUCACCAAAGAGAAGAAGAUUAACCUGCCACCACGCACUGGCCAAGAUUUCCAGGAUAAACUCCAGUUGCGUUCUUCCACUUUUCAGUUGAUAAAGAUUGCUUUUGAUGAAGAGGUGGCAUCUGAAAUGGUGGAAUUAUUUCGGAAACACAUCCAUAAGUUGAGGUACCCACAAUAUGUACAUAGCACCUUUGCGUUCACUGUGGGUCAGUCACUCAAGCAAAUUGUAGAGCCGAAACAGAAGGAGAAGAAUCCAUCGCUGAGAACCAUGUCAAAAAAUAUAAUGAAGAAUGCAAAGAAAACAAUUGGACGACAGUAUGUGACCAGAAAGAAAUAUACACCUCCGACCUGGGACCAGCGAACCACUCCCCCACAUGGUGACAGCCUGGACCAAAUCUCUGUUUCAGAGGAGCUGGAGCAGAGUGCACUGACACUUUCUACCACCAUUAGAUCAGAUAAAUCUACCAUGAGCCACAUGGUAGAGCGAGCUUGUUGCCGUGACUACCAACGCCUGGGCUUGGGCACAUUGAGUAAUAGUCUGACCAGGUCGAAGAAUGAGCCAUUCCGAAUAACUACGGUAAAUCGCAUGUACAGUGUUUGCAGGAGUUACCCCAGCCUCCUAAUUAUCCCCCAGACCAUACAGGACAGUUUAAUGCAGCGCAUCUCACGGUGUUACAGACAGAACCGCUUCCCUGUUGUCUGUUGGCGGAACUCACGCACAAAGGCUGUGCUCCUGCGAUCAGCUGGGCUGCAUGGGAAGAGUGUCGUUGGCAUUUUCAAGUCCCAGAAUGCUCCAGCUGCAGAUCCUUCUCAUUCGGACUCCUCCAGUUUAGCACAAGAAAAGUAUUUCCAGGCAGUCAUAAACUCCAUGCCACAUUAUGCAGACACAGGUGGUCGCAACACUCUGGGCGGAUUCACGUCUCACAUGAACAGCUCAGACUCGUCUGAUAAGCAAAGGCAACCAAAGAUUGGUGUGCUGAUGAAACAGGUGAUGGGUGGAAAGGAAGAAAUACCGAACACUUUCAGUCGUGGAGGUCACAGUGGCAGGGUUAUCACUCUGGCAAAUCCGAGGGCCAUAGCGAAGGGGAGAGAAAGCCCUCAAGGAAAAUGGGGAAGCAUUCGAGGUAGUGGACGACUCAGUGCUUAUUCCCUAAAUUUAGAUGUAGGAGUCCGGCUUGCAGGCAAAGAAACGUUGUCUCCACAGGCUAAUGGGGGCCCAUCAGAGUCUCAUUACUUGCGCCAGUCACGCGCAGGCUUGUACAUUAUUGGAGAAAAGUCCCAGCUAAAGGGAGCAAAACAAGAUCCAUUACAACAGUGGGAACUUGUCCCCAUUGAGAUAACUGAUAUCCGACAUGUAAAGACCAGCUUUAAGAAGUUAAUGAAGGCUUGCUUGCCAAGUUCUGCACCCGUUGAUCCUAAUCAGUCCUACUACCGUUUGUUGGAGGAAUCUGAAUGGCUCUCUCAGCUGCACCGGUUGCUCCAGGUCUCUGUAUUGAUUGUCGAGUUAUUGGACAAUGGAUCCUCGGUGCUGAUCAGUCUGGAGGAUGGCUGGGAUGUAACCACUCAGGUGGUGUCCUUGGUCCAGUUGUUGUCUGACCAGCAUUACAGGACAUUGGAAGGCUUCCGCCUUCUAGUGGAGAAGGAGUGGCUAUCAUUUGGGCAUCGUUUCAGCCAUCGUGGUGCGCAGACAAUGGCCAGUCAGAGCAGUGGUUUCAUCCCUGUUUUCUUGCAAUUUCUGGACUGUGUGCAUCAGAUUCAUUUGCAGUUUCCAAUGGAGUUUGAGUUUAGUUUGUACUAUCUGAAAUUCCUGGCAUAUCAUCAUGUCUCUAACCGCUUCCGAACAUUCUUACUGGACUCUGACCAUGAAAGGAUCGAACUUGGACUGAUGUAUGAAGAGAAAGGCGAAAGGAAGAACCAACACAACCACAGGUCUGUGUGGGACUAUAUUGACCGACUGAGUAAGAAAACUCCAAUCUUCUUCAACUAUCUGUAUGCACCUGAGGAUGUCGAGGUUCUGAGGCCAUAUGCUAACAUUUCCAACCUGAAGGUCUGGGAUUAUUACACUGAUGAGACCAUUUCUGAAGGGCCACCAUAUGAUUGGGAGCUGGUAUACAAUCGACGAGAACAAGUGGAUGAUGGGGAAAGAGCAGACACCAUGUCUGCUCAAGCACAGCGCAAGAUUGUCUGGCCAUGCUAUGACAACCAAAACAAGACGAUGCCUGAUGCUAUCAGCAAAUUGUUGGAGGAGAUGCAGUUGCUGGAGGCUGAGCUGGGCCAGGUGCCAGACAAAUGGAGGGAAACUUGGGAUAAGAUCAAAACAACCCAGCAAGCAGAGACCAAGCAGGAGGGUAAGCAUUUGUCUUCAAGUUCUUUGCUGAUGUCCUCAACUCUUUCGCACCAUCAGAGGUCUCAGUGUGUUUAUCUACAUGAGGCAGUAGUUGGAUCCACUCUGAAUCUGAGUCUGGACACAGAUAGUAGCACAACCUCCACUCCCUCCAGUGGUGUUAUGGGACGAAAGAGCACAAGCACUUUGUACAGCCAGUUUCAGACAUCAGAAAGUGAACACAGGUCAUAUGAAGGAACCCUUUAUAAAAGAGGUGCUUUUCUGAAAGCUUGGAAACCACGUUGGUUUGUACUCGAUAAAACCAAACAUCAGUUGAGAUAUUACGAAAGUAAAUCGGACACAGAUGUGAAGGGGAUCGUUGACCUCACUGAAGUGGAAUCUGUUACUCUGGGAGCAGCAGUAAUGGGAGCCCCCAAAAACAUCGAGGAAAAAGCCUUCUUUGAUCUGAAGACAACAAAAAGAGUUUACAAUUUCUGUGCCCAAGACAGCCAGAGUGCCCAGCAGUGGAUUGAUAAAAUACAGAGCUGUCUGUCCGAUGCGUGAGCACCAUGUAUUGCAGCCAUUGCCUGUGUACAGCUGGGUAUGGAGUUCAUCGUCUGGAUCUCUGUCACUAUGGACAACAACAAUUGUUGUAUCAAAAAUACAAGAACCAGAGUAUUAUGGAAACUUGUAAUUUCUCAGCCAUCCAUUUACAGAGUCCAGAGGCAAUGAGGGAGGAUUGUGUUUAGAUCUCUUGCUACCCCAUACCCAGCAUUGAUGGAUGUGUGUAUUUGUUGGGGAUAUUCCAUUUGAAUCAGCAUGUUUGGAGAGAGGGAGAGAGCAUAUUGCACACACCAAUACAAGAGAAGAUUACAAACUAGAAUAAGUAUGAAGAAAAAUUAAACCUUUAAACCUUUUCUUGCUCAGGGCCUUUCCCCCCCACACCAGAUUUUCUCUGCUCUUAUCUCUGAACUAAUUUGUGUGUUGGACUCUGUUGCCAUUUUGAAUAGAAUCUUCUGUGGCCAUACUCCUGAGAUAAGAGCUGAUAUUCUCGAUCAACAACCCAUUGCUGAAAUACUCAAGCCUAAAAAUCCCUUUGGCUCAAACAGUUUAGAAGUUCCAGCACAGCUUGAGUCACAUCUAUCAGAUUAAUUGCCUAUUCCUGGAAAAAGGAUGUGGAUCAACCACCAUUUAAUUUCACUGCCUUUGUUAUAGAUCUUGUGAGAUGUCUUGUAACCACUGGCCUGUCAUGUGAUGCUGCAACUUUGUUAGUAAAGAAUCCGUGGAGGGCAACCAGAGAAUCAAGCUAAAUUAGUAAGAAAGUUGUAGAUGCAGUGAAACUGCAGUCCCACAGUGGGAAUCAAGACAUGGCUGUACAGGAGAAUGUGUAAAGGAUCUCUCCUUGAAAGGACUUCUUUACAGGAUAAAAUAGGCUAACAAGUAAGGCCAGCCUGCUGUUUACAAGUCGAUAUGGGAAUAAUUUUUUGCUGGGGAAUAAUUUUUGCUCAGGUCUAAUUUCAGUAGGUCAGUGCUGCUGUAACAGUCUGUGGCCAAUUUUGUCAAGGAAAAUGGCAGCCUUUUGCACUUGUGAACAAGAGAUGGUUAAAGGUACACAGUUGUGUGUGUUUGUUCACUGAGCAGCUCUCAAUGAGAGUGUUAAUUUCUUUUAAAAUGACUAGAACCCUUCAAACUGUAAGGGCAGUAGUAGGACAAUGAGGGAUGUGUUUGUGUGUUUAGUUCUAUGUUAACUUAUGCAGUAAGGGGUAGGGCUUGGCAGGUGGUGUAUGCUCACUGUGUUUACAAAAACAGCUGUGCUGGAUAUGUAUAGUGGGGUUGGUCUGACCCAUAUCUUUCGCCAGACUGCUGACUCCCAACUUACCUUCCGUUGGGUCACAUUGAGAAGGAAGGCAAGGAGGAGUAACUGAGCAGGAGUAGGGGUGGUGUCCUCCAGCCCUCAUGGACAGCUGCACAGAAACAACACAGCUGAGAGGUUAUUUUAACAGUGUUGUUUCUUUGAUUCUGCUGUUAGUGCUGUACAGCUGUACAUAGUUUAAUCCUUGUUCUAUUUAUGCAACAGCUUCCUAGAUAUUGGUGUACAAGUCAGAUGAUAUUUACAAAUUGUUGUGUAUCCACAUGUAUUUGUUAUCUAUUUGAACAAAAGCAAUGUACUUGAGCCAGUGGUGCACUGAGGGGUGUCUCUAUAUUAUAUCCAUCACCAAAACACUGAAGUUAGGACUUCAUAAGCAUGUCUGCUCAGUCUUGGACAGCUGAAGGGUGCGAGAGCAACACGGCUAAGAGACUUGCACUAAUUCCAGAGGUCCAAGUUUAGAGGGAGGGGAGGAUGUUCGAGAGAUAAUCAUCUCCAUCCCACACUACAAUACGUAGAACUUAGUCACAUGUUUGGCAUACAAAAUCCUAUGUCUCUCAGAACAAAUCUGUCCCAAGUGCAAAAGUCCAUGUUUAUGGAUGAAUUCAAAUUGUUGGGCAUUUGCUCAUGUGACUCGGACUGAGGGGUCAAGAUCGGAUUCAGAUAUGUUGGGUUAACUCAGUGUAUGGUUUCUGGUUGCAAACAAUGACGACAUCUUAUCCUGUUGUUUAGUGUUAAUAUUGUGGUUGCCAAUUUAAAAAUAUUGCUAGAAUCUAUUUCACCAGCUCAUGCUUUAUCUUGUUGUCAUUUGUUCACUGUCUGUCAAAAUCGCCCUUGGCCUUCGAUUGUCUUGAACACUUGCUGUAAAUUGUGCAGCUCGUACUUUUUCUGUUUCACUGUCCUGUUUUACAGUAUCCUGAAUUUUGCAUUGUUGCCUUUAGUCCCUGUGUUGUCAGAUCCCUGAUCAAAUUCUGUUGCAUAUACUCAUUUUCCGGCUGUUUGCUGCUAAGAUUUAUCCUUAAACGUGUCUAAGUAUCCAAACUAGCCAUGAGGAGAAAGUCAGGUGGUAUUGAGGGACCUCAUUAUUUCAGAUCUUGUCAUGUUUGGGAUGUAUUUUUGCUGAUCUCAUUGCAGAAAUGCAUUGCCUUUAAACCUCAGCUGAAUGUUUAAUCUUUCUGAUGUGGAGCAUGUAGACAAGGACAUUUUCUGAUCAAAAAAGAAAUGUUUUUUUUAUUUUGUUUUUGAAUGAAUUCAAUAGCUUAAAAGAGCUGAGCAAAGUGAGAAUGAAAAAUCUCUUCUGGCUGGAUUGCAUGAAAGUGCCACUUUGCUCGAUGUAAAUAGGCCUCAGCAGAUUGUGCUCAAGAGGAUGCUUUUCUUCGGCCUUCUUUCACUCACUGCUACUGCACUGGAUGUUUCAUGUAGACUGUACCAGCUUUUAGUAACUGUGGGUCUACCAAUCUUUUGUGCUAUUUUCUGUGCUCGUGUGCUUGCUGCUCCUUUGUGAAAUGACCUAAUGAAUCUGCUGCACGUGAGGCAAAUAUGCACCAUUCUUGGCUCCCAGAUCUCUCAAAAUCAAGUUCUAGCUACAACUCAGCAUUUACUCCUCUGAUCCACAUUCUUGCUGGGGAUGUACGUUAUCCUACGUGAUAGUUGUCAACCAAAGAAAGUGGCUGCCCCACGGUAUUGAAGAGACUGGGAUGUGGAAUGAAGGCAGGUGGAUUUGCUCAAUCUUAUUGCAGAGCAAUUUGCUAUUUGAACUGUUUAUGAUUUGUGUUGCUUAAAUAAACUAAGCAUUUGUCCAGCGAUAGAACAGAAUCACCACAUAUAAAGCUGCUAAGGGGAGUACAUUCAGAGCUGAAGUGUAUUUCCAAGCAUUUACUUUUUUGCUGGAAUUCACCAGACUUCCAAAUCUACCCCUAUACCCAACACCUUCAAAAUGAUAGCCUCGAGUUGCUCUGACCCUUUCAAACCAGUCCUUGCUUAACAGCCUGUGUGGGUGCCUAUAGGUCAGUACAGUGGAUACCUAAAAUGGAGAAAGACUCUGAGUUCCACUAUUUUGUGGUAAAUACUUUUCUCACUAAAUACCACUGGUAAAGCAUUUUUUUGCAUUAAAUGUUUGUCAGUGGGUGGCACGGUGACUGUGGUUAGCACUGCUGUCUCACAGCACCAGGGACCUGGCUUUGAUUCCAUCCUUGGGCAACUGUCUGUGUAGAGUUUGCACGCUCUCCCCAUGUCUGUGGUUUCCUUCCACAGUCCAAAGAUGUGCAGGUUAGAUGGAUUGGUCAUGCUAAAUUGUCCGUAGUGUCAAGGGAUGCGCAAGUAAGGUUGUAGGGUUACAGGGAUUGGGUAGGGGGUUGCAUCUCGUUGGCUUGCUCUUCUGAGGGUCAGUGUGGACUUGAUGGGUCAAAUGGCCUGCUUCCAUACUGGAGGGAUUCUAUGAUUCAGUGGGAGGGAAUGCAUUUUAUUCCAGUGCCACCAUCCAGCCUAUCCAGGACCAUUGUUAGGUUAGGUAUGAAAUAAAACUCUUGCUACACUGUCCCAACAAACAUUCCCAGUCCGGUUCAAUGCAGGCUGUGUGUAAAAUAGUACUUAUUCCAGUCUUUGAAUGACAUGCUUCAACUUCAGCUGAGAUUUCCAAUGACACUCAAUCUGCCCUAGUGUCACAUUAUUGUUUCAAAUGUCAGUUUUUUGAGUCUACCUUGGUUAUUGUAAAAAAAAUUUGUGAACAAUGCCCAGCUGGUACUGGAUUUAAGAUUUCCAUUUUGUUUAAGAUCUGUAUAGGAGGCUGAGGGGAGAGACCAGGCAGGAGCAAGACUCCAAUCCUGGUGUGAAAGGACAAUAUACCCAGCAUUUACAUGAACCUAUCUAGUUUCCAUGAUUACUGUACAGUAUAUGGUAGAAUGAUGUCAGACUGAUGAAGAUGCUAAAAUGGUUGUUGAGGCCAAUUAUGAAUCUAAUAACAAUGAUAUGCUACAAGGUUCACUACUGUGUAACAACGAGGAGCUAUCAAUAUUGUAACAUAUUUUCUUCUUGCAACCUCCAACCUUGGUUUCCCUUAAGUACAAUCAAUCAACAUUUCCUCAAAAUGCAUGCCUUCAGUCAAGUCCAGAUUAUCUGAAUUGGGAGCAUCCCCAAUGGCAGAAAAACUGAUGAGGAUUAUUUGAACAAAUGUGGUUCUAAGUAACUUCCUUCCCUUUUCAUGAGUCAGAAAAAUUCUGCCGGUAGAUCCCUUUCCGUGGAGUUUACUGAUAACAUUGAGAGAACUGCAGAAAACGGAGUACACAACUGGUGAUCCUAGUGAUCAUUGCUGGGUCCUUGUCCAAGGCGAGUAUGAUUUCAGGGAUCUGACAGAUAAAGUAGGGCAGGCAAAGCAAUUUGUUUUGUUUGCAGAAAUUGUAGUAAAUUAAGCCUUUCAUUUGAAAAAUGACAACUUUUUUUCUUCCCACAAAGUCCAUUUUACUUUUGCCAAGCUUUUAACUUUGAAAAUGCUUUUAUUUUAAAUAUGAAGAGAAUUCUUUGUACAUAGUCUCAAUUCCUGUAUAAAGAUGGAUAAGUUCAGAUUGUAAAAUAAAAUAACCAUGUAGAGUUUGGGAUUUCUUAGUCUGAACAUUGUGGUCUCCAUACAGAAUCCUGUAUUGUGCUUAGACAAAGAGAACUGAAAUUUAAUAAAAUAUUAAAUUACUACUUUUGGAACCUGAAAGA